GGGGUCGCCGGAGGGGGCGGUCACUUCCGGUGUGGAGGGCGGGCGCUUCGGUCCGAGAGUGGGACUGUGAUCUGCUCAGCGCGUCCGAGCAUGGGGGGCCGCGAGCUGGACUAUACCAUCGAGCUGCCGCCGGGGGGCCGGCCGGACACUAGUCCAGAGAUGGGAAACAAAAAUAACUGGCCUGUGGUAAUUCUGCUGGGGUGGGCUGGCUGCCGUGAUAAACACCUGGUGAAAUACAGCACCAUCUACCAUCAGAAGGGGUGCACAGUUAUCCGCUACACAGCUCCAUGGGAGAUGACGUUUUUUGCAGAAUCCUUUGGCAUCAGGUCCCUCCGGACCCCAGCUAGAAAGCUGCUGGAGCUGCUCUUUGACUAUAAAAUUGAAAAGAAACCCCUGCUGUUUCAUGUGUUCAGCAAUGGCGGGGUCAUGCUUUACCGCUACAUCCUAGAGCUCAUCCACACGCACGGGCAAUUCAGCAGCCUCAAGGUGGUGGGCACCAUUUUUGAUAGUGCCCCCGGCAGAAGAAACAUGAUGGGGAGUCUGCGUGCCUUGGCAGCUGUCUUGGGAUCAACUAACGUGCUGCUCAAGUAUUGCCUCCUGCUUGUCUUCACCGUCCUGGUGGUGGUGCUGCGGAUCUUGCUGCAUCCAGUGACUCGCUUCUUCCAUGAGACCCAUUAUGAUGCCCUGCUGAAGGGGCCUUCGAGGUGGCCCGAGCUCUACCUCUACUCCAAGGGUGACAGGAUCAUCUUGGCCAGUGACAUAGAGCACAUGAUUGAGGCCCGGAGGCAGCACAAUGUCGCAGUGAGAGCUGUGGACUUCUCAGACUCUGCUCAUGUCAGUCACUUGCCGGCAUAUCCCUCCUAUUACAUGAGCCUCUGCACUUCUUUCAUGUAUGACUGCGUUGGAUGCUCGUAGGUUCCACCCAGGCAGAGGUAGCAAGUGCCUGUGUAAAGACCCCCAGCAGAUGCUCCCUCUUCACUGGGAUCACACCAGAAACAAACUGUGCGUGCAUGCGCGCUCUCUCUCUCUCUCUGUGCCUCUCUUUCUUCAGCAUCUCUGCUUACAAUAAAAUCCUGAUCCCAACAUCCUUCCUCAGAGCCUGGAGGCACAGAAUUGCUGAUUUCUCGGCAUCCAGUGCACAGCUGGGUGUCUGGAGCCUCCAAAUCGGUUGUUGGGCUGGGCAGAGGUGAUGGUGCUAAGUAGAGCCAAGAGAGUCUAAAUGAACAUAACUUACCUGAUGGGGUAAAAUCCUGACCCCACUGAAGUCAGUGGGAGGUUUGCCAGGGCUGGAAUUUCACCAUAGGAGGCCAGAGAAAGGAAUGAAUUACUGUGAGUGGGGGAGCACUGCACCCCCCUUUUUAUACCCUCUUCCUCUCUCCCUGCUGCCCUCCACUAUCGUAGUCCCUGGUGUAUAACUUACAUCUCCGUCCACAUCCACUCUCCAGCUUGUUACACUGGAGCAAUUCUGUGACCCAGGGCUCUCCAAUUAGCCUAGGUUUUGGGGUUUAUCUGCUACUUCCUCCGGCCCACUGUUGAGUCAGCUGAAGCUCUGCAGUGUCAGCUCAUUCUCCCACUCCCCACCCCACCCUUCUAUUUACACUCCUCUCGCUCAGCCCUGCGUAUAGUCCCAUUGAGGAGGACAGAAUGAGACUCUUGGCAGAGUCUUUAAUAGGGCAGAUCAAUGCAGGUCCCUCCCUAUCCCUGCCUGCAAGGCACUGCACCUCAGCCCUACUCCUAGCUGGAGAUCAGCUACAGCAGUCAAACACAGGAUCUCCAAAAGGGCAGUGCAGGUAACUGCGAGCCAAUGUGUCAGCCUGGUUCUGUUAAUAGGGCUGGGGCAGAAUGGCCAAGGGGCUGCUGCCUUGCUGGAUGACUCAAGCCCCCAUAGCUGAGUUAAUUUAAAGCUUUAUCUGUGAAAUAUCUAACAUGUCUCAGGGUCUGGUCUUUGUUCCUCUCCCCUGCUGCUUCCCUCUCAUUGCUGACAGCGUUGGGUGAACAGCUGUGCUUCGCUGGGUAGAUUUACCAGUCUGCUAAGGUGUGUCUAGGAGUGCAGGGAGGUCACUUUGGGUAUCUGUAACCCUGAGUUCUGUCUCCCCUCCUGGGCCCAAAUUUCCUGGGUCUUUCAGAAAGUGCUUUCUCUCUGAUCCUCUCUCAUUACCAACUAGCAUCAUUUGUCACAUUCCAGAAGACUUGUUGACUAAUCUACACAUGCAGACACUCCCUGUACAGACGUGUUUGAUGGGAUGAGCCAAGCUGGCAAACACACUGUUGUUUGGGUUUCCUCUGUGGAGGGGGAGUGAGGGGUUAAAGUAGGGGAAGGACUAUACUACACUCUACCAAGGGUGAAUUGGUUGCGUUCUCACUGAUCUGACUUUCCGUGUGUUCAUGGAUCCUGAUAUUUUGGGAGGGUGGGGGAGGGGUAGAUUGAAUGAUAACCCUGGAAAAGCCUGCUGCUUUCCAGCACAGCGUGAUUUAAUCUGGGGCCUCUGAAAUGAUGCUAGUCCCUCACGGGAUCCAGUGCCUUGUGAACACCUGUACAGCUGGCUGAGGACACAGUUCGUCCCUGUGGUUUCCCUCCUGCAUACAGCCGUCAUGCUGACUAGAGGAUGUUAAUGAGUUGUUCCCCCAGCAAGAGCCACUUCGUAAUGUCAUCACUUUCCUCCUCUGCAACCCCACAAAUGUGAAUCAGAGCUGAGUAGUACAGUACCCUGUCACUUCCCUGCGGGGUCCAGUAGCAGGGUUGGGAGGAAAUGCUUAUUCAAAUGCACUUGAAAUGGGGAUUUAGAAAUGUAUUCUUACUGUUUAUAAUCUAUUUUACAAUCUGCCUCAGUUUGCAAGCAGAAACAACAGUGCAACUGCAGCUUUUUUCAGCUUCCCAAACAGCUCAGAGAGGGGCCCUACCGCAGAACUGGGGAGUCCUUCUGCAUCUUCUUUUGACACGUACAUGACUGUCUUUGCUCUUAAUAGAGCACAAUGUUCUGCCUGUGGACGCUGAGGUUUGCACAUCAUGUUUCCUGAAUCUCCUCUGUUAAACUGACCCCAAAAGCCUAACACUGUGCCAAGGAAUUAAAGGUGAGAGGGGAAAAUAAAAUAUCAAACUUACAAUGACUUUAAAAAAAAAGUCGCCAUUUCUGCCUGUCACCAUGCUCUAGAGGCUGUCCAGUGAAUCCAGUGUAACACAGACCCUGAAACGCACUCCUUCUACCCGAUGGAGAAGCAGAUUGUGGCAUCUCCUUUCCAGCUGUUGAGCUUUUGGUGGAGAUAAAAGCAGUGUCAGUACAUUUCCCCCCUCCUCCUCACUUCUCCCCCCCCCCCCAGCAUUGCAAACAAACUGCAGGUACAAUGGGAGGGGAGAAUGCAGGGUCCAGGAGCAAUGGAAAGCUCUAACAUCUCUCUGGAGAGAACAACUUGCACUUUUUAAAAAGGGUCAAUAUAUCAUGAGUUGUCACCAAUCCCUGAGAUUGCAGGAGGGACAAUGAGGUUGCUUUUAGGGGAACUAUGAAGGAAAAGAAUAACAAACAAUGUAGCAACACAACCCUGUCUUUACAUGUUGUGUACAAGCGGCGUGUGUGAAUUAACUGGAAAGAUGACACUCAAGUGCUGACUUAAUUGGGUUCAUUUUAAUGAACUCGUUACAAUUUUUUUUAAUUGGUAGUUUUCUCUCAGCACUGGGGACAUUUUUCUGUGAUUUGCGUUAUCUUCUCCCCUUUCAGAAGUCUCCAAUUCAGAUUUUUCCUCCCAUUCUGCUUGUGAAACAGACAUAACUAAACCGUUCUGCCUGUAUCCCAAACAGUGCCUUCAGAGCAGUGUACGGACAGGAAUGUUGGUUUAUGGUGCAUUUUUAACUUUAGAUGCCAAAAGCAGUCAAGAAGCCAAUCUGGAUACAGUGUUCUUUUGGGAGCAAGCUGCUUUCUCUAGCGUUCUUGUUCACCAGUGGAAUCCACAGAGCCAAGGCUGUAUUUUUGUUUCUGAACAUCAAACCAAAGAGUUGCAGAAAUGUAAAAGCUCCCUCUUAAGGAGCAGAGAUACUAAAGAAAGGUUAUUAAACUAACUAGCACUUGCCUCUGCACUGACUUCUGUAGGUGCAGCUUUUAUAGCCGUGUUUAAGCGCAUUCCACUGAACACACCUCAUGAAUUAAUACAAUCACAGUGAGUCGGAAAUGUAGUUCUCAGAUUUGUUGACUCAAGUACUGAACGUUGUGGAGCAUCUAUUUGUGUGGCUAUUCCACAACGUGGCCAGCGGGUGGCAGCACUAAACCAAUUAUUCAUCUGCUCUAUUGUCUGUAGAGAAAACCGGCUGAAAUCUGUUUACACGAAUUUCCCUGAUUAAUGAACCCUGUUUAAAAUUAAGGACUAAUGUACACACCCAGAUGUCCCCUUGAAUAUUAGGCAAAUGCAUAUCAAGCCAACUGAGUUACAGAAUAACUUGUAACCACAAAGCUUCAGCGGUGGGCUCAUUUUUCCCCACCCCAUGAGGGACCUAUAGUUUUAAUUGUGGUCAAGUGUGGUAUAUUAUUUGGUAUUAUAUAUGGCUUAACAUUGAUUUUUGUCUCUUCCCCUCUUUUCUGCUAUAUAAUACAUGCCCCUUUUUUGUCCCCUUGUGUUCGCUAUUGUUUGAAACCGUGGGUUAAUACACCGGCUAUUGGUGACUGGAGAGCUACGUUCAAAUACUAAUCAGAUCACAAGUGAAAAAUGUUUUUUGUGUGUGUAAUCUCUUAUUCCCCAGCAGGCAUCUGUUCACUUUUCCAAGCUGCCAUGCAGUGUGGCACAGCUGACCAUCUGUGCGAGCAGGAAUCCCAACAUUAGAACAGGAGGCCCAGAUGCAGGCGUGUUCGCAGGGCUGGAAGAUCCAGGCACUAGACUAACGUGGGGUAUUGCAGGUCAAGGCUAAGGGGUGGAGCCUUCACAGUAGGGGCUGUGGUCACAAGGGGGACGUAGGUGACCAACUAUCUCUUUAAGGGCCUAAAUACAACGGCUAGAUGCCACUGGCAUUCACAAAACCUCUGCUCAGCCACCGCCUAACCCUGUAGCCAUCUAAAUUCCCUAUGCUGAUAAAGUCCCCUAGGCCCCUACAUUUCUACUAGUGGGCAUGCAUGCAGCCACUGGGGUCUUGUAUGCAGCUGCCACUGUCCUGCACACAGCAGCAGUGCUCCUGACCCAUGCCUAAGCCCCACUGGGAUUCCCAAAGCACCAAGAGGAGAAGGUGGUGAUGGCACCUAAAUCUCCCUUGUGAAGCUGGCCCUAGCUGGUUUUACCGGAUAAGGAGGAGUGAGUGGUAUUAGCACCUUGCUGCCAAAUUUACCAACAAACUAAAAAACAAAACAAUUAUUUUCACUAGACGAACCACCUGCAGAUCCAACCCAUCAAAUCAGGUCUCUAGUAGCAAGUGAAGGAGCCUGGAGCCCUCUAGAGGUUCAGGACAGUAAUGCAGAUGGCCCAAUUUUUAUUAAUUUCACAAGUGCACACCUGCAGGUACAUAAAUCACAACAAGCUUGUCUCUGUUAGGAGGUUGGCUGUCUAUUCAGCCAGUCAUCCCCUGUGUGGCUUUUCCUUUAUAGCCAGUAAUGAAGUUAGAAAACCUGUCAACAGGAGAAAGUUUAGUGUGGUAAAAAUGGAUAUAUAGUUCCAUUGCAGUAUGUAACCCACGGUGACUCGCUAUAUAUACUCAACCCUUGACCAAUGUAUUGCAAAUUCUGGUCCUAAAGAGGAUUGCUAUUGAGAGGAUACUGACCAUUAAAGCACUUUGAGGUUCUGGGGUGGUUAUUCCUUUUAUACUCUGCAGACCAGGGUGAUAUUUGGUUCAGCUUACCACCAAACGUCACUGCAGAAUUUGGUACAAAUGGCCAGUCCUGCCCCACCGAGCCACGGAACUGGAACAGUAGGGGGUGUGCAGAACAGACUGGAAAUGCAAUGGCAAGAGCUGUUCUCUGGGAAUUACCUAUGUAAAAGGUUCUCCUAAUGUGUGCUUCUGGCCUUUCACAUUUGACGACCACCACGUUCACCCAAGCUUUUGUGUGGGAGAGGUGGAUGGGCGAUUCGUUUACAUUUCUUUAGUUGUUGAGAUGAUGCGACUCAUAAAUGUUAAAGCUCAACUGAAGUUGGACAAAGGGAAUUUCCAUGGAUCUAACAUAAUAUUCUACAUUUACAAUAAUGGUAUCAUCCAGUAACGAACAGGCCCUGGAAUUUAUGACAAUA